GCGCGGCGCUCGCAAGCCUGUAAAGCGGCCGACGUGACGAACCGGGCUGCCCCGUUGACAGCCUCGGCGAGCCCUCGACGGCCCCGGCUGCCGCCGCGCGGCGCGGCCAGCGAUACAAGCAGCCUCACUAUGGCAGAUGAAGCAAAUACCCCCCUCCUCGGCGCCGCCGACGACGAACUGGGAGUAGGAAACGUCCUGCUCAACGUCUUACCAGUGACGACCUUCGGCUACCUCAUUUCCGUCUUCUCCGUCACAUUAGCUCUAUGGUCUGAACAAUGGGGUUCGAUCAGCGCGUUGGGCGGCGCCGCGCUCGAUUCGACGGCGCUCAUCGGCGCCGUCGGCGGCAUGGCCUACUUCGGGGUUCGAGCGGAUAGCGUCCAGGAGGACUGGCACGCGUCGACCGCCAGACUAGCGGCAGCUGCGGCUCUGUUGUGCGCCGCGUUUUCUGCAGUAUGUGCUGUACUACCGACAGACGCCUUGAAAGCGUCCAUCGAGACGUCGCUCUUCACGACCUGGGCGGGCUACGCGUUGAUGGUCGCGAGGAUAGGGGCCGGGUUCGGCGGCGGCGGUAUCUACACUUUGGCCGCGGCUCUAGAAUCGAGGAGGCACACGCCCGUCGCCGUCGGGCUAGCUAGUACGGGCGUGGUGCUGGGCCAAGUAGUUUUGUACUUGGUGGGCUGGCUCUUGUUGCUGGUGCUGGGUCUCGACGACACGGGCCCGCAAUGGCGGUGUAUUUUUGCGUUCGGCGCGCUCAUGGCUUUGCUAUGUGCCUGGCGGUACUACUCGUUAUCAGGAGAAGCCAUCGACACACAGAGACGGCCACGCGCAUCACAACAACAGACCUAUGAUGUCCUAGCGGACGCGGGUGUCCUCAUGUCGGUGCAGCUCAAUGGCAUGGCCUGGUUCCUGCAGAACUUCGCGAAUUAUGGCAUCUCCCUGGUCUAUCCCUUCGUGCUCGAUGAGGCUCUGCCCGGUCUGUCCAUACAAAACACCUUCGGCGUGUCGCUGCUCGUGAGCGUGGGCGCCUUCGGCGCGUGCUGCUUCUCGCUGUUGUUCCUGCGGAGGAACCCCGACGACCCGUCGAAGGCCGUGCUCGAGUCCUUCGCCACGACGCUAUUGACGGCCUCGGUCAGCAUACUCGUAGUAGUAUUUCUCGAGAACAUUACGUCGCGGUUCGUGGCCUGCAUCUUGAUCAGGAUCGUGGUCGGAUUACCGUCGGCGACGUUAUACGCCUAUCCAGUCUCGGUGGCCCCGCCGGAGGUCGCCGCCGCGGCGCACGGAUUGGUUGCCGGGGCCGCGAAGGCGGGCGCCGUCCUCGGUACGGUGGCCUUCUACCCGAUCUACGACGCCGUCGGGUUCCUGGCUUUAGUGAUCAUCACGGCCGGGACAUUGCUAUUAGCGUUCGGCGCGGCCGUGCUCGCGUAUGUGUCGCUCAAGGGCCGCGGCGCGUCGGACGCGCAGCGGUCGGCCUACUCAAAACUCGACGACAAGACGUAAGUGGAUGUAUUGUA